AUGUCUGAGCAGAAGGACCCAGUGAUGUACACGAGGUCCAAGGCCUCCUCGGAUCUCGACAGGAACAUGACAGGACACCAUGAAGCUGAUGUGGAGAAGCAAGCUACCAUCGCUCAGGAUUGCGUCAACACGACAGAUCCCAGCAUCGUCUCGUGGGAUGGCGAAGACGAUACUCAGAACCCCAUGAACUGGACUGCAAAGGCCAAGAUCAUCAACUGCGGUGCCAUCAUCUUCCUCACGUUCUUGACACCGCUCGCAUCAUCCAUGUUCGCACCUGGUGUUCCUGACGUCUUGCGUGAAUUCAAGGAGACCAACGUCACGUUGGCCGCAUUCGUCGUUUCUGUCUACCUGCUCGGAUUUGCAGUUGGCCCUCUGCUCAUCUCACCGCUGAGCGAGAUAUACGGUCGUCGUCCCGUGUACAUUGUGUGUAAUGUUGGCUUCCUCGUUUUCACCGUGGCUUGUGCGGUCGCGCAAUCCAUGCCUCAACUGAUCGUCUUCCGUUUUUUUGCUGGAUGUUUCGGGGUGAGUCCCGUCACCCUGGGUGGCGCUUCUAUUGCGGACAUGGUUCCGCAGGAGAAAAGAGGCGCUGCUAUGGCUCUUUAUGCUUUAGGUCCUCUACUUGGUCCCGUCAUCGGACCCGUCGCUGGUGCCUACCUUGCUACUGCCGAAGGCUGGCGCUGGGUCUUCUGGCUUAUCACUAUCGCUUACGGUGCUGCAGCCAUCCUCCACGCCCUUGUCUGCAAAGAAACAUACGCCCCGACGCUACUUCAGAGAAAGACCAAGAGAUUGCAGAAGGAGACAAACAACAGCGAGCUUCGCUCAAAGCUUGACGACGGACUUCCCGCCAAGGAGCGUAUGUCUCGUGCACUUGUACGACCUUUCAAGAUGCUCUUCUUCUCGCCCAUUGUGUUCCUGACUUCUCUUUACGUCGCUGUGGUAUACGGCAUCCUCUAUCUUCUCUUCACUACCUUCACGUUUGUCUUUGAGGAGCAUUAUCACUUCUCCAGCUCGAACGUCGGCUUGAGUUACAUCGCUAGUGGUAUUGGAAUGUUUGUUGGUCUUGUCUUGACUGGCGCCAGUUCCGAUCGCAUUCUCAAGCGUCUCGCCGCUCAGAACAAAGGCGAGAUGAAACCGGAGUUCCGUCUACCACCUCUAAUCUUCCUCGGAAUCACCAUGCCCGUCGGUCUCUUCAUUUACGGCUGGACAGCGCAAAAACAUGUUCAAUACAUCGUGCCCAUGCUGGGCACGCUCUUCUUCGGCAUCGGUGUCAUCUCUUGCCUCAUCUGUAUCCAGACCUACCAGAUUGAUGCUUUCACGAGACAUGCAGCGUCUGCGAUGGCGGCGAACACUCUCUUUCGCUCUAUCUUGGGUGGUCUGCUUCCACUUGCUGGAUUGGACAUGUACGACGCUUUGGGCCUGGGGUGGGGGAACAGCUUGAUUGCUUUUGUUGCUCUUGCUUUGUUGCCGAUACCUGUCGCUUUCUUCUACUACGGUGAGAGGAUCAGGAAUAGAUUUCCUGUCAAGCUGUAG